AUGGAGGAAGCAGCAACACCUGGAGCCGGCAGAAGGAUGGGGUGGUGGCUCCUCCCUGUUCUGGCCCUCACUGCUUUCCGCCCCACUCAUGCCGAGGAAACCACCUGCGAUGGGGUCUGCGGAAGGCGUCCCAUGGCGGGCACCCAUACCCUCCUCCGGAUUGUGGGCGGCAGCAACGUUCUCCCCGGAACGUGGCCCUGGAUGGUCAGCUUCCAAGUCAUUACACGGAAAGGAUACGUCAGUUUCUGUGGAGGCUCCCUGAUCAGCCCUCGAUGGGUCCUCAGUGCAGCCCACUGUUUUCAGAAACCAAAGGACAUACCAUGGAUAAGACUGUCGAUUGGUGCCAACCGCAUCUCCAGCCCCGGCCCCGAUGCCCAGAAGCGCUCGAUCAAGAGGCUGGUGAACCACAAGCUCUACAGGCGUGAUUCCGGCAACAAAAUACACAACGACAUUUCCUUGGUGGAGCUGAAUGAGCCAGUCAACUGCACGGACUAUAUUCAGCCAGCCUGCUUGCCGGAUGACAGCGUGGUGGUUUCCUUGCUCAAGCACUGCUAUGUCAGCGGUUUUGGAACCAUGGACCCGAAAACGGGGGAAAAGCCCGAUAUCAUGCUGGAAGGUUCUGUUGACAUCAUCCCCACGGCGACUUGCAGCAGCCCAGUCUGGUGGUCCAAGCUGAUCCUCGAGGAGAACAUCUGCGCUGGACGCUUGGAAGGAGGCGUAGCUACUUGCAAGGGCGACAGCGGUGGCCCCCUCAUGUGCCGGGAACAGAGGUCUGAACGCUACUGGUUGGUUGGAAUCACCAGCUGGGGACCGUCCUUCUGCGGCCAGGAAAAGAAGCCGGGGGUCUACACCUCCACACAGUUCUACCUCGACUGGAUCAGGAAGACGACCAAGGAGGACUUUUCCCUACCCAGCCACACACCGCUAAUGGCAGAGCCCCAGGCUGCGCCACAGCCACACCCACCUCCAACGCCACAGCCCCAACCGGGACAAAAUGGGAAUUUGCUAUAUCCCAGGCCCCCUACAGCAGCCUGGUACACGAACAGGCCUUGGCCACCCCCCAAGACCCGCCCUCAGCGUGGUCCUGCGCUCUGGUAUACGAACAGACCCAACUCCCGCCGUACACGGUAUAGGCGGCCAGUAAGGUGGCGUCUGAGGACAAGGGCCCCAGCUUUGCACGCGCAGAUUUACAGGCCGUGGGUCAUGAUUCAAACACCCCCACCAUGGAUUGAGUUCCAGGCGCAGGAGACACCUGGGAGCCAAGUUUCUUACAAUGGAAAUGGUCCCUAGCUCAGCCGCUGGAAGAGUAGCAGUCGAGGGCUGAUGAGGACUGCUAGGCUUGGGUGGCAAUGCCAGGGGUGCCCAUGGGCAAGGUGGGUGGGCUGCCCCUGCCAGAUCUCAGAGCCCACAACCCGUCCUUUGCUGGUCCUGGCUUGAAUAUGAAGUUGCAUCCAAAUGGGGACUUAAUGCUGCAAACAGCUUGUUGGUGACACUUUUUAACAAAAUCAAAAUAUCAAAGUUCUCAAAAUGAAUAA